AUGAAGGCGGGUGUAGCAGCCCUGUUGGCGGGCGUUGUGGGGGCCAUUGGGGUGCUCUGCUUUCUGGUGGCCUUUGGGACGGAUUACUGGCUCUUGGCGAGCGAUGACUGCGAGGGGUACGAGCAUCUCCCGCGGGCUGUAAACAGCAGCUUGGUGGGCCUUGCAAAUGGCUCGGAGUCAGAAGGGGUGACUUGGCCUUCCAGCAGCCCAUCUCUCACCCUGCACCAUGAAGGCUUCUUCUGGCGGUGUGCAUUCAAAGGGGAGGCCUCCAUCCAUGUUGUCUGGGCUGUUCUGUUCACCAAUCAGCCAGCACCCAAGGUGUGUAUUCGUGGGUACCUCUUUCCUCUUCCUGUUGCUGUGGGACCAGUUCCGCACCCAGCUUAUGAUGCUACAGCAGUGUUCCGCGGGUUCUGGACAAUGCUCAUAGUCCUGGCCAUUGGUGCCAGCCUGAUGGGAGGCUUCCUCCUGGUGUGUGCGGUGCCUUUUACCAGUGCCAAGCUCUACCGCUGGGCAGGAAUCUUCCUGCUUACUGCAGCAUCCCUAUUUUUGGCCCUUGUUAUUCUGUUUGUGCUUUGGAAGGAGUUGGUGGCAGAUGUGAGGAGGUACAUCUUACAAGAGCGAGGAGAACACUGUCCCAAUGUCCAUAUGGAAGCUCACUAUGGCUGGUCAUUCAUAGUGGCUGCUACUGGAAUGCCACUGGUCUUCUUCUCUGGCCUCCUGUUUUACUUUAUUGCUCUACACAUCCAAAGAUACAAAUAAUUAUCCAGUAGAAAUACUGCUGGAAUGUCUGAAGUCCUGUUGGUUUUUAUAUGUAAAAAUGUUUCUUGAUCCCACUAUUUUAACCAAGUACCGAAGUAGAUUAAUUUAAGUUCCAUGGAACAUUAAACAUAUUUCUCUAAAAAUUACAGUUGUGCAGUUGGGGACAGCUGGUAGCGUAAUGUUUAGAAUUGCUGCCUUGGCAACCAAAGGUCACUGGUUUCAUCUGCACUGCCGGCAGUAUUACCCUUGA